CGUAAUCAUGGCUCGUGGACCUGUCAAGCACCAGAAGCGCCUUAGCGCGCCCUCCCACUGGCUCCUGGACAAGCUGUCCGGUGCUUACGCCCCCAAGGCGUCUCCCGGUCCCCACAAGCUCCGCGACUGCAUGCCCCUCAUCGUCUUCAUCCGCAACAGGCUGAAGUAUGCCCUGAACGGCCGUGAGGUUAAGGCCAUCGUCAUGCAGCGCCUGAUCAAGGUCGACGGCAAGGUCCGCACCGACCCUACCUUCCCUGCCGGUUUCAUGGACGUCAUCUCCAUCGAGAAGACUGGCGAGAACUUCCGUCUCAUCUACGACACCAAGGGCCGCUUCACCGUCCACCGCAUCACCGGCGAGGAGGCUGAGUACAAGCUCGGCAAGGUCAAGCGCGUCCAGCUUGGCAAGGGCGGCAUCCCAUUCUUGGUUACGCACGAUGCGAGGACCAUCCGCUACCCUGACCCUCUGAUCAAGGUCAACGACACCGUCAAGAUCGACCUUGCCACUGGCAAGAUUGCCGACUUCAUCAAGUUCGACACUGGUGUCAUUGCCAUGGCCACCGGUGGUCGUAACAUGGGUCGUGUUGGUGUCAUCACCCACCGUGAGCGCCACGACGGUGGCUUCAACAUCGUCCAUAUCAAGGACGCUGUUGACAACGAGUUCGCCACCCGUGAGAGCAACGUUUUCGUCAUUGGCCGCGAGAAGCCCUGGAUCUCUCUUCCCAAGGGCAAGGGUGUCAAGCUCUCCAUUGCCGAGGAGCGUGACCGCCGCCGGGCCUACGCUCUGGCCGGCCAGUAAGUAUGAGUCUGGUCCAGGGGAUUCCGGUGGGAAUGGGAUGGUUGAGGUUGGAGUACGGGUAAGAUAUCUUGCAUGCCAAAUGUUGCUCUGCGUAGCAUCUCAGGUCCACGGAUCGGGCCAUGAACGGUCCAAUAAAAAUGGAACAAAAUUACGAUGCCAGACCAUGUUGAUUGCGAUUUGCGGGAGUGAAACGCGUGCGACUGUGAAACGCAGAGCUGUGUCGAGCGAGGCUCAGGGCACGGCAGGAGUUGCAAACAAAUCUAUAGCUGGGAUAAUAAAGAAGCUUGUACUUGUAAAUAAAUAUAGAGUUGGUAUGUACCAUGGAGCAAAAAAGUUGAUUGUUGUAGGAGGGAGAAUGCUUGCUACCUAUUGUUGGACGCUGGACGUUGGACGUUGGACGUCGCAGUACUCUAGUAGUUCAGACGGUACUGAUGGAAGGAUCUGCUAAUGGCGUCGGCCGUCG